CUUCUCUUCUCACAGCCUCUGUUUUCAAUCUCUCUCCCUCCCACACACAAACCAUAUGCUGCCAUCUAUUACCAACUUCUCAAGUAUUUCCCUUUUUAUCUUCCAUGAAAUAUUUUCAUAAAAGGGUCCAAGAAAUCAAAGCCAAAAUCCAAUUUUUGCAGCUGCAAAAUUCCACCUGCUGAAUUCGAAUUUCUGUUUCUUAAGAAAUCAGUCCUGUUCAGUACGUAGAAGUGAUCAGGGGAUGUUGAAUUACGAUAUUUUAAUUCUUGAUUGGUAGCCGAUUUUGGCUGGAAUUUGUAUUAGUGAUAAUAGAAGCAGAAAGAGAAUACCUUCAAACUUUGAGAAUAGAUUUCUACUUCAAUGGCUGGUGCCAGUGAAAGGUGGAUUGAUCGACUUCAGUUUUCCUCAUUGUUCUGGCCACCCCCUUUAGAUGAACAACAACGAAAGGAUCAAAUUGCUGCUUAUGUAGAGUAUUUCUGUCAAUUUACAUCGGAACAAUUUCCAGAUGAUAUUGCUGAGUUGAUCCGCAAUCGUUAUCCAUCUAAGGAAACACUCCUUUUUGAUGAUGUUUUAGCUGUACUUGUUCUUCAUCAUCCGGAGCAUGGGCAUGCGGUUGUGCUUCCAAUUAUUUCAUGUAUUAUAGAUGGUACGCUAGUCUAUGAUAAGACUAGUCCUCCAUUUGCUUCUUUCAUAUCUUUAGUCUGCCCAAAAAGUGAGAACGAAUACUCAGAACAAUGGGCUCUGGCAUGUGGCGAAAUUUUGCGUAUCUUAACUCAUUAUAACCGCCCCAUAUACAAAAUGGAAGGAAUUGGUGCUAGCAGCAGCCAUGCAUCAACUAGUGAUUCUGUUGGAAAGGAAACUGGUCAUAAUACAUUGUCACAGCAAGAGAGAAAAUCUAUAAGGCCCUUGUCCCCUUGGAUAACUGAUAUAUUGCUGGCUGCGCCUUUAGGCAUUAGAAGCGACUAUUUCCGAUGGUGCAGUGGUGUAAUGGGGAAAUAUGCUGCCGGAGGUGAACUCAAGCCGCCUACAAGUGCUUCUUCCCGUGGUUCCGGGAAACAUCCUCAGCUCAUGCCUUCGACUCCGAGAUGGGCGGUUGCCAAUGGUGCCGGUGUUAUAUUAAGUGUUUGUGAUGAUGAAGUUGCUCGCUACGAGACUGCUACUUUAACUGCUGUUGCUGUCCCUGCACUUCUACUUCCUCCACCUACUACAGCUUUGGAUGAGCAUCUUGUUGCUGGAUUACCGGCACUAGAACCAUAUGCACGAUUAUUUCACAGAUAUUAUGCCAUUGCCACUCCAAGUGCCACGCAAAGGCUUCUUCUUGGGCUCCUAGAAGCACCGCCGUCAUGGGCUCCAGAUGCACUAGAUGCGGCUGUUCAACUUGUAGAGCUUCUUCGAGCUGCUGAAGAUUUUGCUUCUGGAAUAAGGCUUCCAAGGAAUUGGAUGCAUUUUCAUUUCUUGCGCGCCAUAGGGACUGCAAUGUCCAUGAGAGCUGGUGUAGCUGCUGAUGCUGCUGCGGCUUUGCUUUUCCGUAUACUUUCACAGCCUGCAUUACUUUUUCCGCCACUUCGGCAAGUUGACGGUGUGGAAGUUCAGCAUGAACCGAUGGGCGGAUAUAUUUCUUCCUACAGAAAGCAGAUUGAAGCUCUUGCAGCUGAAGCUACAGUUGAUGCUACCGCCCAAGGCAUUGCAUCAAUGCUUUGUGCCCAUGGUCCAGAGGUUGAAUGGAGAAUUUGCACCAUUUGGGAAGCAGCUUAUGGCCUUAUUCCCUUGAAUUCUUCGGCGGUUGAUCUUCCAGAGAUUGUGGUUGCAUCCCCACUGCAACCUCCGAUACUCUCAUGGAAUUUGUACAUACCUCUACUUAAGGUUCUGGAGUAUCUUCCCCGUGGAAGCCCUUCCGAAGCAUGUCUCAUGAAAAUAUUUGUUGCUACAGUUGAAGCUAUUCUUCAGAGGACAUUUCCAAUGGAGUCCACUGGUGAACAAAACAGAAAAAGUAGGUACCAUUUUGGUGUGGGGUCUGCCUCCAAGAACCUUGCAGUGGCUGAACUAAGGACUAUGGUUCAUUCGCUUUUCUUGGAAUCAUGCGCGUCGGUAGACCUUUCUUCGCGCCUAUUAUUUGUUGUGUUAACAGUUUGUGUUAGUCAUGAAGCUCAAUUCAAUGGUAGCAAGAAGCCAAGAGGUGAAGAUAAUUAUUCAGCUGAGGAAAUCAUUGAGGAUUUACAAGCAAUAUCUGAAAGUCAGAAAGAAACAAAGAAUAGGAGAAAGAAGAAGCAAGGUCCGGUGGCAGCUUUUGAUUCUUAUGUUCUGGCUGCAGUUUGUGCUCUUGCCUGUGAGCUUCAGUUGUUCCCCUUGGUUCCACGUGGGGGCGAUAAUACGGUUGUAAAUAAUGUGCAAGAUAUAGCCAAGCCGGCAAAAAUGCAGGGAUCUUCUGAUGAGUUUCAGACUGGCAUAGAUUCGGCCAUACGCCAUACUCACAGAAUUUUAGCAAUUCUAGAGGCCUUAUUUUCAUUGAAGCCAUCUUCUGUUGGCACCCCUUGGAGUUACAGCUCCAAUGAAAUCGUUGCGGCGGCAAUGGUUGCUGCACAUAUUUCUGAACUAUUUAGAAGGUCAAAAGCCUGCAUGCAUGCUCUUUCCGUUUUGAUGCGUUGCAAAUGGGACCAUGAAAUUCACUCCCGGGCAUCAUCAUUGUAUAAUCUCAUAGAUAUUCACAGCAAAGCCGUCGCGUCGAUAGUUAACAAGGCAGAGCCAUUGGGAGCAACCUUAGUUCAUAUUCCUAAUUGUAAAGAUUCACUUGAUAUUAAGAGGCAAAAUCAUUGCGAAACUAGUAGCUCCUUUGAUCCACGGAGGACAUCUAUUUCCUCUUCAGUGGAUUCAGCUCCUUCAGAACUUCGACACAAAUCCGAGAAUACAUCAUGUCCAAAAGAAUCAUCAGGAUCUACCUUGGGAAAAGGUGUUGCAAGUUUGCCAUUAGAUGCUUCUGACCUUGCCAACUUUCUUACAACGGACAGGCAUAUAGGAUUCAGUUGCAGUACACAAAUUUUUCUGAGAUCCAUGUUGGCAGAGGAACAACAAUUUUGUUUCUCUGUGGUGUCACUACUAUGGCACAAGUUGAUUGCAUCUCCCGAGACUCAACCUUGCGCCGAAAGCACUUCUGCUCAACAGGGAUGGAGACAGGUGGUUGAUGCAUUAUGUAAUGUUGUAUCGGCAUCUCCAACGAAAGCGGCUACAGCAAUAGUUCUUCAGGCGGAGAGGGAAUUGCAUCCAUGGAUUGCCAAAGAUGAUGAUCAAGGUCAGAAAAUGUGGAGAGUUAAUCAGCGGAUUGUAAAGUUGAUAGUGGAACUCAUGAGGAACCAUGACAGCAUAGAAUCCUUGGUAAUUGUGGCGAGUGCAUCGGAUUUACUGCUACGAGCCACAGAUGGGAUGCUGGUGGAUGGAGAAGAUUGCACAUUACCACAAUUGAAGCUAUUGGAAGCAACAGCUAGAGCAUUGCAGCCAGUGCUCGAGUUAGGAGACACCGGAUUGGUGGUGGCUGAUGGCCUUUCAAACCUGUUAAAGUGUCGCUUACCGUCUACAAUCAGGUGCCUGUCUAAUCCAAGUGCGCAUGUCCGCGCUUUGAGCACGUCGGUUCUUCGCGACAUCUUGCACAAUGGCUCAGUCAGAUCAACUGCUAACCCUCCAAGGAAAAAUGGCAUCCACAAUCAGUACUUCAACUUAGAUGUCAUUGACUGGCAUGCUGACAUAGAAAAAUGCUUGAAAUGGGAAGCUCAGAGUCGAAUUUCACAUGGAUUGUCUAUUGAGUUCCUUGAUCUUGCUGCAAAAGAACUUGGAUGUACCAUUUCCAUAUGAAAAGAAAUGGAACCAUCUUGGAUAUGAAAUUUUUUCUUUAUCCCCUUUGAUCGUGACUACAUGUAGAAACAAACGGAAUGUAUUCUUUAGGUACUUAAAAAAUGAUUUCCAAAUGAUUCAACCUUAUUUUAAU